ACUACAUACAUGUACAAUCGUAUGCCCCACAAACGGUGACAUUGCACAACAGGGUAAUCACGCUAAUCGCUAAUCAGCUAAUAGAUUUGGCUGCAACUGGAUUUAUUAACAUAGAAGGUGCGGUGCAGCGAAGUGCAGCUAAUAAAAGUACAGCUAAAAAAGUAUUGUACAGCUAAAAUACAGGUAGUGCAGGUGCUCUCUUCUUUCGUUGCUCCGGGUUUAAUAAGACGCCAAAGGGUUGCAGCUGUCAAUUCCAUUCACAGAUUUGUUCCAUACUUUGUCCCUGAACCCAGACACGAAGUCCAACUCGUCUAGAUAAUUAUUGUCAACUCUCUUACCGACCGACUCUCGGACUUCGACACGACCCAUAACUUGUUUCCGCGUCGCCUGUCUAAUCCAACCCCCCCUGUCCUCCCGCUUGCCUUGGUCACACUUGACCAUGUUCAUAGACUGACCUGGUCUAUCAUGAGAGCCGCAUUUUCGAGCGUGCUUCCUCUCGGCAUUGGACGACCCUAAGCACUUGGAUCCGACUCCUUCUUUUUUUUUUUUAUAAAUUGAUUUCGCGUGUCGGCGUUGCUUACACAGGCGGAUGCGACGGAGAUAACGGGUGUUGUAUAAUAAUAGGGGGAAUUGUUGUUGCGACUACACGAUGGCUUCCUCUGCAACUGUCGGCUUUCUCGGCCGGUCGAGCAGCAGUAACUCCAACAUGCGUGGUCUUGUGCAGUUCAUCGCGGAUCUGAGAAACGCGAGAGCUAGAGAUUUGGAGGAGAAGAGGAUUAAUAAGGAGUUAGCCAAUAUUCGACAGAAGUUUAAGGAUGGUAAUCUGAGCGGCUACCACAAGAAGAAAUACGUUUGCAAAUUGUUGUAUAUUUACAUCCUAGGUUGGAAUGUCGACUUCGGACAUCUCGAGGCUGUCAACCUGAUUUCAGCGAGCAAGUACUCCGAGAAGCAAAUCGGGUAUUUAGCCAUGACGCUCUUCCUGCACGAGAAGCACGAAUUGUUACACCUAGUUGUGAACAGCAUACGGAAGGACCUCCUCGAUCACAACGAGCUCUUCAACUGCUUGGCCUUACACGCGAUCGCGAAUGUAGGUGGUCGUGAGAUGGGAGAGGCUUUGAGUCCGGAGGUUCACAGACUUUUGAUUUCGCCGACUUCAAAGGCGUUCGUGAAGAAGAAGGCUGCCCUUACCCUCCUCCGACUAUAUCGCAAGCACCCGGAUAUUAUCCAACCGCAAUGGGCAGAACGAAUAAUUUCUUUGAUGGAUGACCUCGACCUCGGAGUUGCGCUCUCAGUUACAUCACUCGUCAUGGCUGUCGCGCAGGAUAACGCAGAGCAGUAUAAGGGUGCCUAUGUUAAAGCUGCAUCACGGCUGAAGCGGAUAUUGAUCGACGGGGAUUAUACCGCUGACUACCUGUACUACAAAGUUCCCUGCCCUUGGAUACAGGUUAAACUGCUUCGGUUACUUCAAUAUUUCCCGCCCUCAGAGGAUAGCCAUGUACGAGAAAUGAUUCGGGAGUCACUGCAGAAGAUUCUGAAUUUGGCAAUGGAGACGAAUAAGAACGUCCAACAAAACAAUGCUCAGAACGCUGUGUUAUUCGAAGCCAUUAACCUUAUCAUCCAUCUAGACACGGAGCAUGCGUUAAUGAAGCAGAUCUCUACUCGCCUAGGCCGUUUUAUUACGUCUAGAGAGACAAAUGUGCGGUAUCUGGGACUGGAAGCUAUGACGCACUUGGCCGCUCGAGCUGAGAAUCUUGAUCCUAUCAAACAGCACCAAGAAGUGAUCCUCGGAUCCCUCAAGGACCGCGAUAUCAGCGUUCGCAGAAAAGGUCUCGAUUUGCUAUAUAGUAUGUGCGAUUCGACCAAUUCUGUGCCGAUAGUAUCGGAACUAUUGCACUAUUUGCAGAAUGCCGACUUCGCGAUCCGAGAAGAGAUGGCUCUGAAGAUUGCAAUCUUGACAGAGAAAUACGCCACAGAUAUCCAAUGGUACAUUAACGUCUCGCUCCGUCUGGUGGCUAUUGCAGGUGAUCAUCUCAGUGACGAGGUCUGGCAGCGAGUGAUUCAGAUUGUAACGAACAACGAGGAGCUGCAGGUGUAUGCGGCACACAAUACAUUACAGCACGUCAAGCAAGACCAUUGCCACGAGACACUAGUAAAAAUUGGUGCUUAUAUCCUCGGUGAAUUUGGUCACUUAAUCGCGGAAGAGCCUGGCUGCAGUCCCAUUGAGCAAUUUAUGGCAUUGUCAAGGAAACUGCCUGCCUGUUCGUCGAGUACCCGCGCUAUGAUUCUCUCUUCUUUUAUCAAAUUUGUCAAUUUGUUCCCUGAGAUCAAGCCGCAGCUCCUGAACGUUUUUGAGUUGUAUAGCCACACAUUAGACCCGGAGUUGCAGCAGCGAGCCUUUGAAUAUUUGACACUUGCAAGUCUCCCGACGGACGAUUUGCUUCGAACGGUCUGCGAUGAGAUGCCCCCUUUCCCCGAGCGACAAUCUGCGCUACUGUCAAGACUUCACCAGAAGCACGCUGGCACCAGCGACAAACGGACUUGGGUGGUUGGCGGCAAGGAUGCGAACAGCGAUGCUACUGAGUUGAGCAUGGCCAAGAACCCCGGUCUUAGAAGAACCUUCAGUUCCAACGGCCCUGUUAAUGGUACCGGCUCAGCGAAUGGCUCAGCGAACGGUGCCAACGGCCAUUCCAACGAUCUUGCCGGCCUCGACAUGAACGCGGGCCCUGUUCCCGAGAAGCUGCUUAAGGUGCCAAACUUGGCCAGUGCCGCGCAUUUGUCGCCAGGCUGGGAGUCGGGGUAUAAUAAGUUGCUACUUAAAGCUGACGGUGUGCUCUUUGAAGACGGACAGCUUCAAGUUGGCGUCCGCUCUGAAUAUAGGGGGCAGAUGGCAUGUCUUAUAUUAUACUUCACAAACAAGACUCCGGCUACUGUGAGUUCAUUCACGACAACACUAGACUUGGACGAGAGCGAAAAAGAGAAUCUAUCAUGGGACGUUAAGUCCAUGCCUGAGAGUUCCAUUAUGCAAGGCGCCCAGUCACGGUUGAUCAUCAUGUUCGAGGCGAAGAAAGUGUUCACGAAGAGCCCUACUAUUAGGAUAAGUUAUCUCGCGGGAGCGCUACAAGCCCUCACAUUGAUGCUUCCUCUCACGGCUCAUAAAUUUAUGGAUCCAGCAGACCUUACAGCAGAUGACUUCUUUAAGAGAUGGAAGCAAAUCGGUGGUCCACCCCGCGAGGCCCAGCAGAUUAUUGGUCUUGCUCCGGGCAAAUCCAAGUCGCGAGAAAUAACGGAAGACUUCAUUCGGAAGACCAUACAAGGGUUCCGUUGGGGCAUACUUAACGGUGUUGAUCCGAAUAGCAAGAACUUUGUAGGAGCCAGCGUGCUCCACACCUCUGAGGGGGGCAAGUUUGGCUGUCUAAUGAGACUGGAGCCAAACUAUGCUUCACAGAUGGUCCGACUUACGAUCCGCGCUACGGAUGAAGGUGUACCUCCCGUACUCCUGAAAUUGAUGGAGGAGAGGAUAUCAGCGGGAGUUUCCACGAUGCCAGAGUUCCGCCAGGGGCCAACCCGUCAAGAGAUAUCGGAUACAUUUGCUAAUGUAAUGGUUCAGUAAGCUACUACUGGUAAGAGAGAGGAAGGAAGAAGAAAAGAGGAGAAAUGAGAAGAGAGUGGUAAUUAUCUGAAAGGGGACUCCAGAGGCGGAGGUAUGAUACCGUUGGGAAACCAACUCAAGUACCUGUUAUAUGGUUUUGUGCAUUUGCAGCCCGAGCGGGAAAAAAAAGGAGUUCGUAGGUAACACAUGAUCUUAUAUGUAUCAAGCAAAGACGGCUGUGUUACUAGAAGUAAACGAAUUGUCCCCUUAUAUGAUGACGGAUAACCUUUGUACGUAGGAAGUUGUUGUGUUAUUAUUAUUCGUUUGUGAGCGAAGAAAAAGUCAGAAGAUUAGACCAUUUUAGUCUCUAUUGUAUCUCAUGCUCACACAGUUGCUUAUUUGCAGUGGAGAAGGAGGGUGUUGCUCAUUAUCUCUUCUUGCUUCUUUGGCACCAUACGUCUCAGUCGUCCUUGGCUUGAGGGGUCCAUAGGGAUCGUGACUGCGUUUAUGGUGGAUACAUGUACUAUAGUUUCCACGGCCUCAGGUAGUCCCCCUAUCGUCCUCGACGAUGAUCCGCUUAGUAACCUUGUGUACCUACCAACAUAAUUAGAUAGAGCAAUGCUCCUGCCUUUUUCUUCCUUUCA